AUGAAAGACUUUCCCAACGAAAUUCGAUUCCACGUCUUUGCAUUCCUCCCUCUCAAGUCUCUCAUAACCGGCCGAUCUGUCUCUCAGGAAUGGAGGCGAUUGAUUCCACUUGCCGAUAUCACCCCAAUUCGUCGAGCCCUCCUUGACUUCUAUCUGACUCUCAUCGUCUCACCUAUAUUUCCACAAACCCGCCCUUGGGUCCUGGCGAACCUACAACCCUUUGACCGCCAACAAUACAUUGAUGACCUGAUGGAUCAGCACCCAUUUAUUCCAGAAGCCUUUCGCGUCUGGAUUCUAGAAUGGCCUGCCAAGGCGGUAAUUGGUUGCGUGUGGCCGGGGUUGCCUAAUGUCCACUGUACAGGGAAGGCUGCGGACUAUGUCCACCGAAUUGAGGGAAAUAACUUGUUGUCACCUUUACCUCCCACAAUUUGUGCCCUGCCAUAUCUGAACUACACCCCGAAUGCUCACUUCAUCCCCGCCCUCUUCAUCUUCCAUGCCCUACAAGAGACCGUCUGGCUUAUGCUGGACGAGCGAGACAGUUUACGUGACAAAGUUUUUACUUUAUCCCAAGGAGGUAGUGACCUAUUUGACGAAGAAGGCGAGUCAGAGGACUAUGACAUCAUCGACGACGACUGGAUUGGAUGGCAAAAGAGAACGUGGGGCAGAAUGGAAUUGUGGGCAAAGAGAAGGGCGGAACAAAACUUGCCCAUCCUUCGACUGGAAGAUAUGCCACCACCAAACACGAAACAUCAUGAAAGGGUGGUGUUUACAAAGUCAUUCCGUCGCGGUCAACUUCAAGCGCACACUUGGCGGGAGAGGAAAGAAGCCAAUGUACGAUUGGACUUGUACUUCUCUAUGGAUGAUGACCAUAUGCGAGAUGUGGGAGAGCGUAUCCCCAGAACUGGAAAUAGGAAGGUUUUUGAUAUGAUGGACUGGGACUAAUCGGGUAUGCGUGGCUACUGGAUUAGGUCCUCUUGCACCCCCAACGCUCUAUAUAACUGGUACUGAGCUAGUGGUCGUACAUUGACUUUCCGGACAAAAUCCUGUCGCAAAUGUUCUCAAUGUACACUCCAAAAACAUGUAUUCUGUAGAUGGAGAUCGGAUAGAUACGACGAUAUCAUCUGAUGAGAUGUAAUGCGAGAGAAGGAACGGACGUCGAGUAAAGAGCAUUUACAAAUACAUGCACUGUAUCAUCAAGCAGAUAGAUGCUAGCAGAAAACGAAAAACGAAAGAAACAAGGAGCGGAUUAGAGUCGACGUCAACGUGGAUGAUGCUUAAAGCCAUGAUAGAUGAAAGUCUUGAUUUUGACGUGAGCAUAGGCACAGGGGAUAAUAAGGAUAGCAAGCAUCAAGGCGGCAGAGGGUGUGAUAUCAAAUCAAAGCGUCUCAAUGCUGCCAUACACCGUAUGGACCGUUACCUGAAUCGCAUCAGCAAAAGAGGGGUAUGGGUUCAGCGGCGGAAAGAGGGAUCGUGCCCCCUCCGAUUCCACCAUGUCCGCGAAGGGCGCUGGGGAGUGAGGUCCCGCCCUCAGCGACGAUCGCGAUGUAGAACCUGUCUCGGGAGGUUACGGUUCCUAGAGAGGGGUUGCUUGACUUUGCUUCUGGGUUUGGCUCGUCAACGGAGUUGGGUUGGGAUAGCGAGCGAGUGUGGGUGUGUGAGGGUGAUGACAUCGUGGGC